UGCCUAUACCAAGAGGAUUGGGCUCCUCUCUCCAGAGAUUUCAGAGUAGCAGCCGUGUUAGUCUGUAUUCGCAAAAAGAAAAGGAGUACUUGUGGCACCUCAGAGACUAACAAAUUUAUUAGAGCAUAAGCUUUCGUGAGCUACAGCUCACUUCAUCGGAGUAAACCUGUAUCUCACCCAGCUAGAUGGAAGUGGAAUUCCAAUAAGACAAGAUAAAAGUUUUUCUCCACUUCCUCAAUUGGUAGGAUUUGGAUAAGAAAGGAUCUAAUGUAUAGUUAAAAUAAAGGUGUACUGCCAUACUGUGGUCUUGACUGAAAGAUAGUGCUUCCCCUCUCUCUGAUUUGGACUCUGUAGAAGUUGUACAUCUUCACCUAGCUGUAGAGCACUCUCGCGCGUGUGCUCUCUCUUUUUUUCUCUGGAGAAAUGUGGGCAAUAUUUCAAAGGUGAUCUGCCAAAAAAAAUUAACUGCAUAAAACAAUCUCUGGCACUCAUAUUAAUGUGUAUGGGGUUUUUACUGUUUUAGCCUUUUUAGAAACAGCAGAAAUAUUCAUCUGAUUUCUGUGGAAGGGCUGUAGAAGAUCUUGGAUAGUUGUGACAUUUAACACCUUUAUAAGUUGAAAGGGUGAAUCUGAACAAAAGCAACUCUUUAUCCUGAAUGUUCACUAGCCUUUUAAGCUCCAUAGCUUUUUACCAAACUGACUACAAAUACUUCCCCUCAACUUUCACUCUUGACUUGUUACCAUUAGUCUUUAAAUUCUGAUGGUAGAGGCAUUUUAGAGAGGGUUUUUGGUUUUGUUUAAGACAGAAAGAAAUCCUUUGAAAACAGCAUGUUGUCUCCUUUAUCACAGAGAUAAAAACUUACAAGCCCACUGUCUUUUCCUUUUGAAAGUAGAGCUGGGCCUGAACCAAAAUCUUCAGGUCAGUGUUUGCUGUGUGAACUCUGUAGCCCUGGUUUGCUACGAAAACUGAACACAAAGUUAUGGCCUUAUUAACAGGUGCAGCUACUUGUAGGGAACUAUUUUCUGAUGUGUGGGGAGAGACUAGAAUUAAGUGAUAUGUUUUAGUGUUUAAAUGAGAUAAUAGAAAUUCUAGUUCCCACAACUCCCUUGUUUCCAAAUGGAAUGUUACUUGCUUUUUUUAUGAAUUUGCUCUUUAAUUGAAAAAUCAAGUGAAAGCUCAUAUUGGAAGGGUUUACAUACUUCAAAAUAUUAACACUAUCUGAAAAAGUUGUUGCUCCUAAGAUUACAGAUUCUCAGUUCACAUGCUUUGGACACAAGCCAGUCAGAAGUUGCAAAGAAAAGCUGGGUCUAUGUAAAAGUAAUGUGCGUUAGGAAAAGAGAGAGUGGGGUUGGAGGGAGCUGAAGGAUUGGGAUGGGGGUUGGAUGACACUGAGACUUGAAGGCUUGAGUAAUGGAGUAUCUACUGCAUGUAACUCAUGUAAACAUCACAUAUACUCAUUGGUUUUGCUUUAAGUACCAUCAUUUUGCUGUCAAGUGGUUGGAACUGAGAGUAUCACUACUUGUCAACUUGCCACCUGUUACAGAGUUCAUUUGGACAUAGUCAUUGAAGCUAUGCAGGACAACAGAUGCCAGUGUCCAGCUCAUUCCCACACUUACUCUCAAGCUCCUGAACAUGCUGCUUUGAGGAGAACAGAUUAUGCUUUUGAGAUGGCCGUGUCAAAUAUCAGAUACGGAGAAGGCGUUACUAAAGAAGUGGGCAUGGACCUGCAGAAUCUGGGUGCUAGAAAAGUUUGUGUGAUGACAGAUAAGAACCUCUGCCAGCUCCCUCCAGUAAAAGCAGUAUUGAAUUCCUUGACAAAAAAUGGAAUCACUUUUCAAAUGUAUGAUGAUGUCCGAGUAGAGCCAACGGAUCAGAGUUUCAUGGAUGCCAUCACAUUUGCUAAAAAGGGGGAGUUUGAUGCCUAUGUUGCCGUGGGCGGUGGUUCUGUAAUAGACACUUGUAAAGCUGCCAACCUGUAUGCAUCCAGUCCUGAAUCAGAUUUCUUAGAUUAUGUCAAUGCUCCCAUUGGAAAAGGAAAGUCCGUUCGUGUGCCUCUCAAGCCAUUCAUUGCAGUUUCCACAACAGCUGGAACUGGAAGUGAAACCACUGGCAUUGCCAUUUUUGACUACAAAGAACUAAAAGUAAAAACUGGCAUUGCUUCUAGAGCCAUUAAGCCCACAUUGGGUAUGAUUGAUCCUUCGCAUACGCUCCAUAUGCCAGAGCGAGUAGUAGCCAACAGUGGCUUUGAUGUGCUUUGUCAUGCACUAGAAGCAUACACUGCACUUCCUUACAAGAUGCGAAGUCCCUGCCCUUCAAAUCCAAUCAACCGGCCUACUUACCAAGGCAGCAACCCUAUCAGUGAUGUCUGGGCUAUCCAUGCACUGCGCAUUGUGGCAAAGUAUUUGAAAAGAGCUGUCAGAAUGCCAAGUGAUCAUGAAGCAAGGGCUAACAUGCACCUGGCAAGUGCUUUUGCUGGCAUUGGCUUUGGAAAUGCUGGUGUUCAUCUUUGCCAUGGAAUGUCUUACCCUAUUUCUGGCUUGGUGAAGAGUUACAAAGCAAAGGAUUAUAAUGUCGAUCAUCCUCUGGUGCCACAUGGUCUUUCUGUGGUACUCACCUCCCCUGCAGUAUUUACUUUCACAGCAGAGAUGUGUCCUGAACGGCACUUGGAGGCUGCAGAGAUACUGGGAGCUGACAUCCGCACUGCCAAAAUUAAAGAUGCUGGGCUUAUUUUGGCAGACACGCUCCGGAAAUUCUUAUUUGAUCUGAAUGUUGAUGAUGGCUUAGCUGCAAUUGGUUAUUCUAAAGCAGAUAUCCCUGCUUUAGUCAGAGGCACUCUCCCUCAGGAAAGAGUGACUAAACUAUCACCUCGUCCCCAGACGGAAGAAGAGCUAUCUGCCCUGUUUGAGGCAUCCAUGAAACUUUACUAGUUUAAAUAUUUUGCAUGUUCUUUAAUGAUUAAAAACUAACAUGAAGGUAAUUUCCCACAGACAUGGUCUAAACCAGUUCAGAUUAUGAAGGAACAUGUACCUCUUAUGCUUGUGUUUUACUAUCCACUGCCAAAAGGUCAGAUAAUUCAUGUUCAGUUCAACACUAUUUUUGUGAUUAUGGGGCUGAUUGUGUAAUCAAAGGGAUACUCUUGUAAAGGUUGUUGGCUCAGAUCUUAAGCUUUGCAGAGGACUUUCUCUUGAGAGCUGGACAAAAAUGGAGAUAAUUUGUCAUGGAAGUUGUUUUGAAAAUGUUCAGGGGAUGAAUUUAUCUUGUAUUUUAAUUUUCUAUGACUAUUUUUGUCUAAAAAACCCUAAAACUAUAAACUGUGUAGGAAAAAUAGGCCACUCUUCCUCAGGCAAUAUUCUCAAACCCAAAAUUUGAACCUGCUCAAUUCAGAGGGUUCACCUUACGAUUUUUUUUACCUUCUCAUUUAAUUUGGGGCCUGAUGUAAAGAUCAUGGGUAAAAAAAUAUAUAACUUUUUUAACAAGUCUAGAAAAGCCUUCCCAAAAGUUUUUUUUUGUUUCACAGUAUUUAGUUUUAAAGUGGUUUGCCAGGCAUUUUUGUCUUUUCAUUCAGAAGUUAUGCAUGAGAAUAAGUUCGCUUGUUCCAACAGGGUAGCUAACUGGUUACCUGUCAACUGAGAAAGCGAACAGGCAGAAGGGGGAUAAAAUUCAAAUGUCAGUAUUAAAAUCUUUCCUGGAUUUUUCACCCUCUCUUGAGCCCCUUUGGGGUAGUGAGUUUUGCUGCCUGCAUAGCAUAGCAUAGCAUUUGCCGCUUCACACAGCGGUCUUAUACAGAGAAUAUUGAAAAUAAUGUUCCUGUUUUCGCUGAGAUUUUUAAGUUGUUACUGCUUUGUGGCGUUUUAAAUGAAUCCAUUUACUGGUUUUCACAAAAACUCUGACUUUAGUAUUGCUAUUUUAAUCAAUAUUUUAUCAAAUUUUUAUUGAAAGCCAUGUUUUCUUACAGAAAACAGAAAAAUAUCAAUAAUUUUGAAAACAAUUUUGAUAAAAAUAGUAAUUAAAAAUGUUGCCAAAAAAUUUUUCUCACAAAAUAGAAAAUUUUGGUACUGGUGACAUUUCGCAGAAAGUUUUCCAAAAAAGGUUAAUUUUCAAAAAUUUCUUAAACAAAAAAUAUCAACCAGUCUAAAAUGUUUCUCUGUACUAGACAGGGCUUUAAUAUCAUAUUCAGAGUUUGUUGCAGCAAAUUCUGGAAGAUGGCAUGUCUGUAUCACAGAACAAGAGAGAGAGCAGGAAGUUUUUUAAUUGAAAAUUAUUCUAUUAGGCACAGAUUUCAUUGGCAUUGUACUGCAACACCAGCAGCAGUAUACACAAUACUCAUAUUGUAUUCAUUUAAAAACAAAUUCUGAUGUCUUUUAAAUUCUGUUCCGGCACCAAUUUCAUGCAGUUGCCAUAGCACAAGUUCAGUGUAGGAAAAGCAUAACAUGCUAGUUAGUUCCUUUACUCAGUUACUUUUACUCUUUGCCUCAUUAUGAUUCCGUUCUGCAGCCACUCCACAUGCAACUCUUCCACUGAAAUAGAGGAAGGAUGUCUUGUACAUUUAUGACUAUUAAUCUUGGCUCAAUAAGACUGGUGCCUUCCAACCACAUGUUAGGACCUUAUGAUGGAAGUAUAUUGGCUGUGAGGUUUUUAGGUCCCUUUUGCGCUCUGAUGGAUAGCGAUGGGAGACUGAAGGUCCUCUGUAUUUCCACUGAAUAGAUACAGCAUGGGCAGUGGUUAUACAGACAGAUCUGCCAAUAGCCCUCAGCCUGUUCUGAGAAGCUAAUUCAUUUUCCCUGUCAUUCCAUAUCCAUUACCUCCUUCAUUCUAGUGCAAAUGCCAACAAGAGCCUCAAUAUUGAAAGCUGGUUUCACAAUUUGUGGGUUUUAUUUUCUAUAUUACACUAAGUUAUCUCAACAAAGACUCACCCUGCCCUUAAUCUUGUGUUGCAUCUUUUAUAUCUUUUUCUGUUCUCCCUCUCAGUGAAGUUUCAUCUUUGUGCAAUAGCAAUGGUGUGGUGUACUGAGGAGACAAUUUUUGUGGGAAUCUAUUUUCUAGCCAGACAUUUUGCGUUUGGAGGGGAUGUAGCUUCUUCCAAUUGAACAGCGGAUGAGUUUAUUAGGUAUGUUGUUUCUCAUGAGUGCUUUGAUGGGUAAAAAGGAAAGUGGGUCUUUCACUCUAGCAUGGUUCUUAUUUACCAUUUAUAUUGGUACACAAGUAAAUAGUAGAAUGGCUUCACUACUAAUAGUACUUUACACUUGCAUAUAACCCCUUGCAUUAAAGGAACUCAAAGCAAUUUACUAACAUUCAUGAAUUAAGCCUCACAACACCCCGUGAGGUGAGCUAUUAUUAUUACCCCUAUUGUAUAGGUGAGGAGACUGAGGAACAGAGCAAUUAAGUGACUUGUCUAAGGUCACACAGGAAGCUUGUGGCAGAAUCAGAAAUAGAACCCAAGUCUCCCGACACCUAGUCUUACACAUUAUCUAUAAGACCAUCCUUCUACUACUAAUUAUUAGCCAUUGCUGAAAACUAUGUGAAGAAUCAAGAGAGAUGAAUCCAUCCCAUUCAAAUAGUAAUAGUUUGUGUUUAAAUAAUGGUGUUUAAAUCCAGAAUGGGAUCUGGGGUACAAGUAUAGUUUAUUGGCAGUUUUAUCUGCCACUGAGAUAGAGGUUUUUAAUGUAAUAAAAUACACUAUUCCAUACCUGAAGGUCUACAUUUUCAAACAUGUGCACGUAUCUUUGUGCAGGUCCAGUUUGUACUCCUGAAUAUGGGACUUGUGCCUGUAUGGUUACAACUCGUGAACACCCAUUGGUUGGGCAUGUGUAGAAAAUCUGAGCCACUUGUUCUUCUGAUUUAUAAAAAUGUUAACGCCUCAAACGCUAAAGCCUUCCAUAAUGUAUCUUAUAUAGUUUGGAUAGUGCCUUUGGGAGCUAUUGCAAUACAAACAAGUAAUGAUGUAUUUCCUACAAAUAUAAGCUUGUGAAAAUGUUUAAGAACUGUGUUUUAACUGUCAUGUUAACUUGAAUCUUGAAAUGUAACUGUAAAUCCAAACCAUUCAAAAGAAAUAAGCGUUCAUUCGCUUCACUGGGCAGUAUGGUUAUUCCUGAUUAGAUGCUUAGUCAGUGAGCUGACAGUAUGUUGACAAACCAUUGCAUUGUGAAUAAUUGAAAAGAAUGUCAAAUUUACAGAAAUAAAGAGCAUCCUAUCUA